AUGACGACACACGCGAUGCCAUCGUCGUCAUCGAUCGCUCGAUCGAGCGCGACGAAGAGAAAUCGAGUGGUGGUACGCGCCAAGGGUAAAAACUCCAGGGCUCGAAGUGGGCAAUACAAUCGAACGAGAACGACAAUCGAGGGCGACGACGCGGACGACACCGCGUCCACGAUCGAGCGACUCGAGAGUAACGCGUUCUCAACGCGGUCGGCGUCGUACGAUAAGAAGAAGCUGGCCAAGGUGAAGGCGCAGAGGGACGCGGACAGAGCGCGAGAGGCGGCGAAGCGGGACGCGUUCGACGCAAAGUACGCGCAACGAAGCGCGCAGGGAAUACCGCAGAUCGUGACGGAUCGCAUGCUCAAGCGCGUCGGGAUAUUUUGCGGAACGCCUCUGAUGCUGGGCUUCACCACCGGACCGCUGUUUUACUAUUUCAAAGCGGUUCGACACGUAGACGUGCCUCCAUGGGUGUUCUUCACCGCUAGCACCGCGACAUUCGGCGCGGCGUUCAUCGGGAUCUCGUACGGCGUGUUAUCAGCGAGCUGGGAUCCGAGGCGAGAGGGAACGUUUUGGGGUGGGAGCGAGUUCAAGGAAAACGUUCCGGUGGUAAUCUCGACCAUCAUGAACAAGGCUAAGGGUGAGAAACCGCUCGAGUGGGACGACGAAUCCGACGUCGAUACGUGA